GUGCUCAUAAUGGUACAAGUUACAUUUUUAAUCCAUUUUAAUAAUAGCAAUAAAAUUAAUAUCUUUUCCCUGAAAUUAUGAAUGUGCAAAUUUAAACUUAACCUAGUUUUUUAUAAAAUUUAUUUUUUUGUGUCAUAUAGUUCAGGGAUCUGAACUGAAGGCAUGCUGCUAAUAGCAGUAACACUUUCUCAACCAAGAAAGGCCAAAAAAAAAAAAUUAUUUUGUGCUAUUUGAUUUGUAUUUACAAAGCUUUAGAAUCUAGGAUACUUUGUUAGCUUUAUUACUUAAAGUUUUUGAAGUAUCCUAGGCUUUAAAGCUAUGUAAAUAUAUACAAAAUUUUUUCUUAUGUAUAUUUAUAUUACCUUAUAUUUGUUUAGACAUAAUGUUUGCUACUACAUUAUUAAAGAAAGCACAAACGUUACAUAAUUCUAAAGAUACAAUACAUAGUUCUGCUUCAUCAAUAAAGAAUAGUAAAUCCAGUUGUUCAAAUGUAACAAGUACUAUAGUUCCUGACAAUACUGAUAAUACUGAAAAUAUAGUUCACAACGAUACUUCUUCUAGCACUGAAAACAUUUCAGAUACGCUAAAUACUGAAGUAAAUAUAGAAAAAUGGGAACAUAAAGCUGUACUUCUUUUAAUAUCUUUAUAUAAAGAAAAAUCAUAUAUGCUGGGAAAAGGUUCUCAUAAAAAAAUGUGGAUAGACAUUUCCAAGUGUAUGAAGGAAAAAAAAUAUAAUUUUACAGGCAACCAAUGCAAUAAUAAAAUGGAUGCAUUGAAGAGACGAUAUCGUCAAAUUGUUGACCAUAAUGCUCAAAGUGGAAACGAUAGAAAAGAUUGGAUAUAUUUAGAUGUAUUAGAUAAUAUUUUUCGAAAAAACAUUGGAUAAAACCAUUAUCUGUAGCAGGAUCAAAUAUUAAAGAACCUGAACAUUCUCCAUUAACUGACAACAGUGAUGAGAAUGAAACACCAGUUAGUAAGUAAAGAAAUGCAAUGUACAAUAUGUUUAAUAAUUUACUAGUUUGCAAGCAAUCCAACAGAAAAAAAACGCACCAUGUACCGUUGGUUUAAUUAUAGGUUUGUUCUUUAUAACUAUACUGGGACUGCACUACUAAGGAUAGUACAGGCCAAACUAUCUAUGUUUUGUACUAUCCCGUUUUAAUACAGUCCCAGUGCAGCAAUAAAGAACAAAAUAAGAAAUUUCACAUUUUUUUUUAAAUGUAUACUUUUCUAUAAUUAAUUUUGUAUAUAGAGCAAAGAAAAAUCUCAUUAACUGAAGCAAGAGCAAAUUAUUUGACACUUUCAUUAGAAGAAAAAAGACUAAAAAGAAAAGAAACUGCCAAUUAUAGAGCUACAAAGUUACAAAUAUUAAGAGAAAUAAAAGAAGCAUUAGGGAAACAGAAACAAUAGUAAUAUGCAUAUAUGAAGAGAAAAUGUAAAAAGAGAAAAAAAAACAUGCAUUUGCAAGAAUU